AUGACGGUGGUAUACUUUGAUUGGUUAGAUUAUCUCGUAUUUGGAGCGAUGCUGCUCCUUUCUGCGCUUAUCGGCGUAUACUUCGCCUUCUUCGCGAGCAAGAAGCAGAAUACUACUGCUGAGUACCUUAUGGGCGGAAAAACAAUGGGCAUGUUCCCUAUAUCGAUGUCACUCAUAGCCAGUUACAUUUCUGGGAUCUCGCUACUGGGACUGCCUGCUGAAAUGUAUACAUACGGCACUCAAUUGUGGACUAUAGUACUAUCCGAGUGGGCUGUAUCAUUGACCAUAGCUAUUGUUUACCUUCCUGUUUUCUACAAUUUACAAAUAACAUCAACAUAUGAGUACUUGCGACUACGAUUCAGUCAAAAUGUGCGUCUACUCGGGUCUGUAAUAUUCAUAAUCAAGAUGUUAUUAUACAUACCUAUAGUGAUAUAUGUUCCAGCAUUAGCUUUCAGUCAAGUAACUGGAAUAAAUCUCCAUUUAAUUACACCUAUAGUGUGUAUUGUUUGUAUAUUCUACACUACUCUCGGUGGGCUGAAAGCUGUCGUAUGGACUGACACACUACAAACUGUACUUAUGUACUUUGGUGUAAUAUUUGUCCUGGUAUAUGGCACGUGGAGACUCGGGGGCAUAACUGAAGUUCUUCAAAUUAACGAUAAAGGAGACCGCCUUGAUUUUUUCAACAUGGAUCCUGAUCCUACAAUACGACAUACGUUCUGGUCGACAGUCUUCGGUAAUUAUUUCAGUUGGUUAGCUUCAUGUUCGGUUAAUCAAGCGAUGGUACAACGAUGUCUUGCAUUGUCCUCUCUCAAAAGAGCCAGGAUAACGAUAUUUAUAAUGGCUGCCGGCAUCUUCAUCAUCGUCUCGUUAUGUUGUUACACUGGCCUAGUCAUAUACGCCACUUUCGCCACCUGCGACCCUCUUACGACUGGGGCAAUCAGAAAAAGUGACCAACUUUUGCCUUAUUUCGUCAUGACCAUCACGGGAUCCAUACCAGCGUUGCCAGGAAUAUUCAUGAGUGGUGUUUUCAGCGCCGCUUUGAGUUCAAUGUCAACAGGACUAAAUUCAUUAUGCGGUGUUAUUUUUGAGGACCUCAUAAGACCUGCGUAUAACAAACCUAUUUCGGAGCGCACAGCGAGUUUGAUUAUGAAAAUAAUUGUGGUUGUUAUUGGUGCCGUUUGCGUAGCUUUAGUUUUCCUAGUGGAACACAUGGGCGCCCUAAUUCAAGCCGGUAAAAGCCUAGCCGGUAUUACAGCAGGCAGCCUUCUAGGUCUGUUCUCUAUGGGGUUAUUCCUACCAUGGACCAAUGCUACGGGUGCUCUUGUUGGAGGAAUAACUUCGACUUUACUUGUUGGUUGGAUAUCCAUAGGCACUCAAGCUGCCAUGAUGCGGGGUGAUAUAGUAAUAAUGCCUAAACCAGUUUCCAUUGAUGGUUGUCCUGAUAACUUCACUUUGCCCACUACCUCAGCGCCACUGCCAGAGUACACGGUCGAAUUUGAUCGGUCCGGUACAUUUUUCUUGUACAGAUUGAGUUAUUUGUAUUAUACCUUUGUGGGGAUGAUUGUUUGCGUGUUUGUUGGUGUCGUCGUGUCAUAUUUCACUCAGCCUAAUGAUCCGGCUUUGGUGCACCGAGACCUGCUAACCCCGAUGAUCCACCGCUGGCUGCCGACGCAGAACCCGCACUGCCUGCGCCCGCGACUCACCCAGCACGACAUCGAACUCACGCACGCCAGAGAGCUGGACCAGCUGCGAUCACGCACGGCUUAUACCAAAGUGGACAGCUGCGGUCGCGAAACCAGUCGAAUGAGUCGAAGAAGUAAUUAUUAA